AUGAGUUUAAUUAGAUCGAUAUCAGGAGUUAGAGGAGUAGUAGGGUCAACAUUGACACCUCAAGUGAUUGUCCAACAUAUAGUUGCUUUCACUAGAUUGUUGGCAUCGGAUGCAUACAAACAAUCACACAACAAAAAGAUUGUUGUCGGUAGAGACAGUCGUGUCUCUGGACCAUGGGUUGAAAUGAUCGUCAAUGGAUGUCUCAUUUCUACUGGUCAUCAAGUCAUUCAUUUAGAUAUUGCUACUACUCCAACUGUUCAAUUUAUAGUUCAAAGUAGAGAAGCAAGUGGAGGAAUUGUUAUAACAAGUAGUCAUAAUCCAAUUGAAUGGAAUGGACUCAAGUUUAUAGGCCCAGAUGGAUUGUUUGUGUCACCGGAUAAUUGUGAUCGAUUGUUUGGUUUGGCCGACCAAGACCCGGUGCCUAUUCAAGAGACAUUUGUAAAGUACAAUCAAUUGGGCAGUAUUGAACGUAUGACAACCGCCAAUCAACUGCAUAUCGACAGUGUGUUUAAACUACCCUACAUCAACGUGGACAAGAUCCGCGCUAAAAAGUUCAAGGUCUGUUUGGACAGUGUCAACGGUGCGGGUGGCCCUAUCAUGACAUCGCUGCUCCAACAGAUGGGUUGCGAGGUCAUAGGCAUCAACAUUGAACCAAACGGCGUGUUUGCACAUACUCCAGAACCUGUGCCUGCCAACCUAGGUGACUUGUGCAAGGCUGUGGUCGCGAAUAAAGCUGAUUUUGGUGUGGCUGUUGAUCCAGAUGUCGACAGAUGCGUUUUGAUUGACGAGACGGGACGUCCACUUGGUGAAGAGUAUACACUUGCUUUUGCGGUUGAGUUUAUCCUCGGUCCAGACGUAGGUAAACGCGGUACGGUGUGCAAGAACUUGUCGUCGUCACGUGUGACCGAUGAUAUUGCCGCCAAGUAUGGAUCGCAAGUGUACUGUGCACCAGUCGGUGAGAUUCAAGUCGCUCAAAAGAUGAUCGAGACCAAGGCGGUCAUUGGAGGCGAAGGUAAUGGCGGUGUGAUGCUGCCAGACAGUCAUAUAGGCCGUGACGCCAUUGUCGCAGCCGUACUCGCACUCCAACUACUCGCUAACCGCACCACCGACACUCCCAUGACCAUCGGUCAAUUCAAACGUACCCUACCACAAUACGAAAUCGUUAAAUUGAAAGCAGCAAUUGAAGGAUUGGACCCUGACGCAAUCCUCGAUGCCUACAAAGCACAAUACAAGGACACACAAGGCAUGAAAGUCAAUAUUGACGACGGCCUUAAAAUAGAUGCCCCCGAAUGGUGGGUACACCUCCGUAAAUCAAACACUGAACAUAUCAUUCGUGUCAUUGCAGAGGCCAAAACAGAACAAGAAGCUACUAAAAUUGCUAAUCAAUUUAUUCAAGAAAUUGAAUCAAAAAGAAAGAAAUAG